CUAGGAGUGCUGCAGGAAGAAAAGCUGUGCCUUACUUAAAGUUCCUGUUUCGGUGGAGCUUACAUUCCAUUUUCUAUUUCGUCAUAAUCCAUCGUAGAGUCGAGGAAAGCUGGGAGGACUUAGGCCUGCGGCUGGCAAGGAGUUCAGCUGCGACUUACAAGCUGCCGGGAUCUCAGCAGGGACUGUGAGCCGUUAUUCCCACUGAGGCCAGGUCUCCAUUCUUCUGUGUAGCCCUCGUCCCUGCUCUGAGUUCAGGGCUAUAGCCACCAGCUCGGCUCUAGGGAGACCCGCGAAUCAUCGGGCACGGUGGAGAAGCGGGAAGGCGGGGCCGGCCAGCAAGCCAACGAGCCCGGAGCUCCGGCUGUGGGCGGGCCUCGAAAGGCCUGGCCCCACCCCCGCGAGGCCGUCCUGCUUCUGCGCAGGCGCGGAGAGCGCGUUCCCGCCCCGCGGUACCGCCCACAUCCUGGGGACGUCGGCAGCGCGCGACGUGCUUCGCCGGAUAAAUGCGGUGGCGCCGGUGGUAGGAGAGCUUCUGUCUUGAGCGCCGGAGCGUUCGGGCGUUUGGUGGCGUCAGGUACUGAGCCUGAGUCCGCCUCUGUACCUGCCUGUGCCAUGGCGGACGAAGGGAAACCAUACAACGAGCAUGAUGACCGUGUUAGUUUCCCUCAAAGAAGAAAGAAAGGCCGGGGCCCUUUCCGAUGGAAGUGUGAGGGGAACCGUCGGUCUGGAAGGGGUGGUUCUGGUAUACGAUCCUCCCGGUUUGAGGAAGAUGAUGGAGAUGUGGCAAUGAAUGAUCCCCAAGAUGGCCCCCGAGUAAGAUACAACCCUUAUCCCAAUCGGCCUAACCGUCAGGGGGAUACUUGGCAUGAGCGAGAUCGAAUUCAUGUUACUGUAAGGAGAGACAAAGCUCAUCCAGAGAGAGGAGGGGCUGGGACUAGCCAAGAUGGGACCACCAAGAACUGGUUCAAGAUUACAAUUCCUUAUGGCAAAAAGUAUGACAAAGCAUGGCUCCUAAGCAUGAUUCAGAGCAAGUGCAGUGUCCCUUUCAACCCUGUUGAGUUUCACUAUGAACACACACGGGCCCAGUUUUUUGUAGAAGAUGCCAGUACUGCUUCUGCAUUAAAGGCUGUCAACUGUAAGAUUCACGAUCGAGAAAACAGAAAGAUAUCCAUCAUCAUCAACGCCUCUGCUCCACCCCGCACCGUACAGCUUGAACUGAAGCCUGAACAAAUAGAGCAGCUCAAGCUGGUCAUGAGCAAACGAUAUGAUGGCUCCCAGCAAGCACUUGACCUCAAGGGCCUCCGCUUAGACCCAGAUUUGGUUGCCAACAAUGUUGAUGCUGUCCUAAACCGCAGAAACUGUAUGAUGGUCACCCUGCGGAUCAUUGAAGAGAACAUUCCUGAGCUAUUGUCUUUGAACUUGAGCAACAACAAACUAUACAAGCUGGAUGAUAUGUCCAGUAUUGUACAGAAAGCGCCAAAUCUAAAGACCUUAAAUCUCUCUGGAAACCAAUUGAAGUCUGAGCGGGAAUUAGACAAAAUAAAAGGGCUGAAGUUGGAAGAGCUGUGGCUUGACAGAAACCCCAUGUGUGAUAACUUCCGAGACCAGUCUACCUAUAUCAGCGCCAUUCGCGAACGAUUUCCCAAGUUAUUACGCCUGGAUGGCCACGAGUUACCCCCUCCAAUUGCCUUUGAUGUUGAAGCCCCCACAAUGCUACCACCCUGCAAGGGAAGCUAUUUUGGAACAGAAAACUUAAAGAGUUUGGUCCUGCACUUCUUGCAGCAGUACUAUGCAAUUUAUGACUCAGGAGACCGCCAGGGUCUCCUAGAUGCCUACCAUGAUGGGGCCUGUUGCUCACUAAGCAUUCCACCGAACUCUGUCCGAACCAACUUAUCUGAAUACUUCAAAGACAGCAGAAAUGUGAAGAAGCUUAAAGAUCCCACCCUGCGGUUCCGGCUAUUAAAGCAUACACGUCUCAACGUUGUUGCCUUCCUCAAUGAGUUACCCAAAACUCAACAUGACAUCAAUUCCUUUGUGGUAGACAUAAGUGCCCAAACAAGCACAUUGCUGUGUUUUUCUGUCAAUGGAGUCUUCAAGGAAGUGGAUGGGAAGUCUCGAGACUCUCUACGUGCUUUCACGAGAACAUUCAUUGCUGUUCCUGCCAGCAAUUCAGGGUUAUGUAUUAUAAAUGAUGAAUUAUUUGUGCGGAAUGCCAGCCCUGAAGAAAUCCAAAGAGCCUUCGCCAUGCCUGCACCUGCACCCACACCUUCGUCCAGUCCAGUACCCACGCUCUCCCCAGAACAACAGGAAAUGUUGCAAGCAUUCUCUACCCAGUCUGGCAUGAACCUCGAGUGGUCCCAGAAGUGCCUUCAAGACAAUAACUGGGACUACACCAGAUCUGCUCAGGCCUUCACUCAUCUCAAGGCCAAGGGAGAGAUUCCAGAAGUAGCGUUUAUGAAAUGAUCACAGGAAAAGCCCCCUUGUAAAUAGCCCUUGGAUAAUAUUGUCUGGCUGUCUGUCAUCUGCCGUCUCCUGUGCAGCACCGAGGCCAGCCUGUAACUGUGACUGAGGAGGGAGGGCUGCCUCAUCCUCCUCACCUACCUUCUGGAAGACUUACAGAAGACUUCCGGAAGAUUGAGCCUCAUGGUGCCAGGAAGCCAAAGCUUACUUUGUAGAGCUGACACUAAACUACCCGAAGGACUUAGGUGCUCUGUGUACUUAACCCCAGAUUCCCUUUACUUUUUAAGAUAAAGA